AUGGCCGAGACCGAGCCCGGGGAGCGGCGGGCGGCACCGGGCACCGGGCCGGGCACCGAGCGGGGCACGGAAUGCAUCACCGGGCCGGGCACCGGACCGGGCACCGAAUGCAUCACCGGGCCGGGCACCGAGCGCAUCACCGAGCCGGGCACCGAGCGCAUCACCGGGCCGGGCACCGGGCCGGGCACCGAGCGCAUCACCGAGCCGGGCACCGGGCCGGGCACCGAGCGCAUCACCGAGCCGGGCACGGCGGGGUGGCCGCAGAGGCCUCCCUACUCGUUCGUGGCGCUGAUCACCAUGGCCAUCCGGGCCAGCCCCGGGCAGCGGCUGCCCCUGAGCGGCAUCUACGCCUACAUCGCGGAGCGCUUCCCCUUCUACCGCGGCCCCGGCCGCCAGUGGCAGAACAGCGUCCGCCACAACCUCAGCCUCAACCCCUGCUUCCGACGGCUGCCCUGCCGCCGCGGCCGCCCCGGCGAGUGGGCGCUGGACCCCGCUUUCCAGGACAUGUUCCCGGAGGGGAAUUACCUCCGCCGCCGCCGCCGCCUCUGCCGCCGCCCGUCCGCAUCGCCCGCGCCGCCCUCCGAGCCCGGGCAGGGCUCGGGGCGCUGCCGCAUCGCCGCCGGGCUCCUGAGAGUCACCGAAACCCGCCCGGAGAGCUGCGGGCAGCGCCGUGCGCUGAGAGAUGCGGCCCCGGCCCCGCUCCUGCCCGCCCCGAGGGGAGCGCACCGGGCUUCUGCGCUGCUCCCGCCGUUCGGAUCUGGGGAAAUUGCCGUGUUCGAGCCUCCAGACAGCCUGAGGAGGAGCUGCAGCACCGAGCAGUACCGCCGUCCUCCGGCUCUGAAGGGAUUGUUUCUGGAGCAGCCCAACAUCAUCCGCCUGGCCGGGAAGGACUGA